ACCCGUGUGAGUUUGUUUUUUUCUCGGAAAAUGGCAUUGAGCAAGACGAACGGCGCUGUGGUCCUUUUAGUAGGAUUUGUCAACUAUUUAGAAUGGGCAAUAGUCAUGACUACAAUAUAUCCAUAUAUUCUAUCGCUGUCAAAGGAUGUGACUUCUGCUACAGUCUACUUGUCUUUGGCUCAAAGUCUAUUCCCUUUAGGACAAGGAAUCUCUCAACCAAUAGCCAGCCUUCUCGUCAAGAAGAUGAGUGAGAUCAAGAUCGUUCUUAUCGCUUCUCUUAUUAUAGCCAUCGGUGGAAACGUGACGUACAUGGCAGCGCAGAAAGCUGGUUCUGUUGUGCUGAUCAUUGUGGGAAGAGCCUUGGCUGGCUUUGGUGCAGGUAGUGGAGGAGUUGCGUAUGGUUUCAUCGGGGCAAACAGCAGCCGAGAAAACCGCGUAAAACUGAUGUCUUAUUACCGAGUCACUUGUAUGAUCGGAGUGAUGUCGUCUACGAUCGCAUCAGCAACAUUCCUUCCCGGGUUUGGUAAGAAUGCUCUUGGUAAAGCAACGGGGUUGAACGAGUUCACAGCACCAGCUGCCCUUACCAUUCUCUUCUUGUGUAUCUCAUUAAUCCUGGUGACAUUUGUACUUAACGAAGCUGACUGUUCUCCAGUAGGUGAAGCUGGCGACGGAGGAUCAGUCGCACGUUCGCUCAAGUCACGUGGUGUAUUACUGGGUCUAAUGCUCUAUCUUCUUAACGGCUACGUGACCACGUGGGUUGGUUUCACCAUGCCAUUGGUCGCUUUCAAUCAUUUUCACUUUAACGUGCAUGAGUACGGUUGGUUGAUGGUUGGUGUGUCUGGCAUAGCCACUAUUUCUGCCUUCACCAUGGCGUUCUUGUCCAAGUCCAAAUGCAUGGCGAACAACAAAUAUGGCGACUGGAGAGUCAUUGUUGGUUGUUAUAUUUUCAUGUCUGUGGCCAUCAUUAUUGCUUAUCUUGGGGGACCAUCAGUUUUGAAGUCUUCGCCUCAACAUACUAAGGAAGAACUCUUCAUUAGUGGAGUUAUUUUAGUGUUUUUAACUUAUUCCGUCGCUGGUGUAAUAUUGCCAUCCAUGACGACAAAAUACGUAGCCAAAGCUAUGAUGCCUGUGAUAAUGCCUUACUGCAUCGCCGCAAUGUCAAUAGGAAAAGUCAUCGCACCCCUCGUCAGCAAAGCCGAGCUAAGCAUUCAAGGUUGGGAGUUUCUAUUCAUGGGAACAUUAGGACUUACUAUUCUAGGUCUUGUUCUUUUUGUGUGCUUUUUCCGCGAACCGGAGCCAGAAGAAACCCCGCUUUUACCAGCUGCAGGGGCUACGUUAGCUAGAGAUAGGACGAGUUCAGCAGAGCAGGGAAUAGUGGAUUCUUAUCCCCACACUAGCGAAGAAUAAUGGCGAAGGCAAGAAGGAAAAUGAGUGGUUUGUCGAAUGAUAGCUGGUGAUAAAGCUUGUCCGUUCAGCAGACAGCGUUACGAAAUGUGGCUUUCAUCUCCAGAAAUCAUCAGCCAUCAAAGAGACUACAAAAUAUAAACAAAUGUUUUUAAAAAGGACUGAUAAACCAACAUGUAGGCAUAUGCACCUUUAUCACACGGCGGCCAUGUUUAUUCUUGUGAAAAUAAAAGCCGUUUAAUCCGCAUAAAUUUAUUCUCAAGGAUUUGAAUGCGAGGCUACUCGCAGUAGAAUCUACUGUUUAAACCAACAUGGCUGCCGCGAGAAAAAGUCCCAUAAAUACUUGAAUGAGCCUGAAGCGAGAUGACGUUUUACCCCCGUCUCUAGACCAUAAUCCUUUUCACACUGCUUUUGUUCUUUAA